GUUUUCUCUGUGACAUUGGAUGACUGGUCAGAUGUUGAACUCUAAGACUCUCUCUUGGAUUGAAGUCAAGAAAAACUUGUUUAGAUUACAAGAAAUGGUUUAGUUAAAAGCAUAACUUAGUUUUUAUGCUUAAAGUCAUCCCCACUUGUUUGUCAGUUUCUAAAACAAAGAAUCUUAAAGUUGGUAGUCUCCUAAUUUAAUUUUGGGAAAUAGCAUUCCUUUUUAUAAAUACUUCCUUAUUACCAAGGGUUAAGGGUUUUCUCUCUAGAACAAUUCUUCAUUUGUUUUCUAAUGCUUUUAUUGUGCAAUUUCUAAUCCAGGAAAACAGAAAUGAGUUGUUUGGCAACACCAUCUUUUCUUGCUAAUCAAUUUAUUCCAUUUUCUACUGCUAUUACUAAUUCUGCUAUGAGCUCCAAAUUGGGAGCCAGUUUUCAUAGAAUAUACAAAAGUAAAACCAAAGAAAAGUUCUGUCUGUCUUUCUCUAGGGAUAAUUAUGAAGUUGGAAGUAAUUUUGCAAUCAAAUUAAGCAGAGAAGUAUCUUAUUCCCAAACCCAACAAGAACAUGGAACUUGGGAAGAACCAGAUAUUGAUAGUGACAGUGACAUUGAGAGUGAGUAUGGUGAUGAAGAAGAUGAGAGCCUUGGAUUUGAAAGUGAUGGGGAAGAGGAAGAGACAAAGACUUCAGCUAUUACCGGUGUUAAUAUUACCUCACAGGAUGAGUAUGAGGAGCAAAUUAAGAAAGAGGUUGAACAGCUCUUGGAACCGGAAGAAAGAGAAAUAUUGCAACAAAAUCCAACUCCUAACUUGAAAAAUAUAUCAUCUGAAAAAUGGAGCCCACUGCACUCUCUUGCGCUAUCAAUGCAGAUUAGUAGCAUGGAUAAGCUUCUUGAAAAUGGUUAUGAUAUUGAUUUCCUUAAUAAGGAAGGUCUCACUGCACUUCAUAAGGCAAUUAUAGGUAAAAAAGAAGCUGUUAUAAGCCAUCUUUUACGGAAAGGUGCAAGUCCUCAUGUCAAAGAUAAGGAUGGAGCUACUCCACUUCAUUAUGCAGUUCAAGUUGGUGCAAAGCAAACUGUGAAAUUAUUGAUCAAAUACAAUGUUGAUGUCAAUGUUGCAGAUAAUGAAGGUUGGACCCCAUUGCAUGUUGCCAUUCAAAGCAGGAAUAGAGAUAUUGCGAAAAUUUUGUUAGUCAAUGGUGCUGAUAGGUUAACAAAAAAUAAGGAUGGAAAAACAGCACUGAAUCUAAGCUUAUGCUAUGGGAAAGAUUUCAUGUCUUAUGACCUUGCUAGAUUAGUGAAGGUAGUUCCAGUCAACAAAGUUCUAUAAUGUGCGGCGAGGUGUAAUCGAGUAGAAUUAGAUUGAAUGAGUUAAAUGUUAUGUGUUGCUAAUUGGUGCUUCAAACUUCUUCCACCUUUGGAGAUCUUAGACUGCUCGUUUUCCGAAAUGGUGAAAGCUUUGGUGGAAUCUUCUACAUCAAUGAUUUCUUGGAAUAUUUUUGCAGCAUAGUUCUAACUGACAUACUAGUCUUGAGAAAAUACUGAAUUAUCCUCGCAGAUCUCUACAUGUAGAAUUGUUUCAAUUAUGUAUGAAUUAUCUAAUGGGUUAAUGUGUUUUUUAUAGUGAAUUUUAACAAGUAGACGUUCAUAAAUUUCUGUUGUGUAAGUGUUACUGUUGAAAAGUUGUUUAUAAUAUUUAAAAUGAUACAUA